AUGGCGUCGAAGAUCUUGUCGAGUGAUAUUAACGAAUGUAUUAUCGAGGAAGUACAUGCACGCACCCCUCUUUGGGAUCUUCCGUGUAAGGAAUACAAGAACGGCCAGAUGAAGCAGAGACUGUGGGAGGAGAUCGCUGAGAGUCUAGCGGUUCUCGGAGUGACUUGGAGCGUUGAGCAAGUGCAGGUUAGGUGGAAGAACCUUCGCGAUACCUUUGCUCGCAACUUCAGGAAAAAACGUGCGGUGCGCAGCGGAAGCGCUGCGGAAGUGCUAAUUAAGUGGCCAUUUGUUGAUAGGCUCAUGUUUUUGAAGGCUGUAAUAGCCGUAGGAGAAACCUCCGGAAAUGUGAGCACUCCUCAAGAUAAUGUGCUACUACCAAGCCCUUCACAGCAUGAGACAACUAUUAGAAGUUUAGGAGAACUCGAGACAGCGCAAGACAUUCUACUGGGAAUGUAUGAGGACACUGACACAGUGGCACACAUAGACGUGGACGAUACUCCUGUACGGCCUCAUGAACCUCCUCCAAAGAAAAAGAAGAAACCAGCACAGGGAAAGGACGGAAACAGUGUGGACGAGGAGAUUGCAAAAGUUGACAGGCGCCUAGAAAAAGAAACUGACGAUCAUGAAUAUUUUGCUUUAUCGCUCUGUGUGCCAAUGCGAAGAUGUGAUCAAGACAAACUUAUGGACAUGAGGAUAGAAAUUAUGCAGGUCAUUCGAAGUUACCUUUAG